CAGGAGCAAGAUCUCUUCUUGUUGGCCUUCGCUCAUUUAAUUACUGAAUUAAAAGGAAAGAGUCAGGCUGUUCUGAGAAAGAAUUCUCAGUGUGAAGCACUUGAGUUACCCCGACAGACACAACAGUUCAAUGUGGUUACCAUUGAGGAAACCAACACCACAACUAAGAAAGAAGAGAAAGAGGGCAAAGAAGUGGAUGAUAAAGAUGAAUUAAUAGAGAAGAUAAAAGAGAAAGGUAAGGUGGAUAACUUGAUGGGAGAAGACAUGAAGAAAGACGAGCCAGAGCAGAUGAAGAUGGGAAAGAUGGAGCAAGUGAUACAGAAAGAUCUGGAGCAAAUAAAGAUAGAGAAAGAAGAGCUGGAGCAGAUGAAAACAAAAAAGGAGAUGACGAAGGUAGAAAAGAUGGAGCAGAAGCUAGAAGAAAUAGAACAGAAGAUUCAGAAAGAACUGGAGCAGGUGAAGAGAAAUAAAGAAGAGCUGGAGCAGAUGAAGAUAGAAAAGAUGAAUCAGAUGAAGAAACAAGAGCUGGAACAGAAGAUAGAGGAAGAACAGAAGGAGCAGAUGGAGAUAGACACAGAGAAGAAAGACCUAAUGGAUGUUAUGAAUAAAGUAGAAAAACUAAGAUUUGCUGAAGAGGAAAACCUUGAGAGUUCAGAAGCAGAGUGCAGCAACAUAUCACUGGAUACCACCAUUGACAGUAUUGGCAAGCUGGAGGAUGACUUGUCUGAGCUGGAAGACAAUGCCAUAACAAAUUUUCUCUUCUCAUUUUUGAGUGAUAUCCGGAAGAAAGUGGAAGCAAUAUUUGAGGAGGUUCUUGCUCUUAACGACCAUGAAGAGGCACUGAAGCACGAGAAGAGCGCCCUACAAGACGCUGACAAGAUAGUCAUUCUCAACACCCCUAAGAAGUCUUAACUCUUGUAGCAUCUACACAUUAAGACCAACAUUAUACUGAUUUCUUUUCAACUUUUGUUCUGGUGAAAUAAAACUCGUUUUUGUAACACUUUUUGGAAAAUGCAGUUUUUAUAGUGCUUUAAGUUGUCAGUGUUGAGUGAAAAGUUUUAGUUAUUGAAGAUAAGUAAAGAGACUACUUAGCAAGACAAAGAUUUACUAAAGAAGAAGAAUUGAUUGCGGAAGAUACACAGCUUCACAAUAAGUAGAAGCUGACCAAGACUCUUAAGUUAUUUUAUUGGAGCAGUGAUACAAUGAUAAUUAAGUUGGCUCUUAGGAAAAAAAGGAAAUAUGUUAUACAUUCAGCAUAAUAAAAUGUCUGUAAU